UACUCGACCACUAGAACACGAAAACAGAAAGUGAAGCGGCUUAUACAGUGGCUGUACAAGAUGCGGUGGUUUACAAUGGUCCUUUUCUGCUUAGUGCUCUCAACCACAACAGCAAAUCCUGAACCCAAGAAGUACAAAAAGGAAUCUGUAGAAAAAGAAAAAAAAUCUGAAACUUUAACAACAGAUGAAAAAAAAUUUUUGAGAGAAGUUGAAGAAAAAUACGGUGUGACUUCAGACAAUCCUAUUGACAAUCAGAAGGAAGAAGAAGAGAAAUCAGUGGGGAAAAAAGACAAAGAGACCACCUCAGUUGACAAAAAAGCGCUUCCCGCUGUUAUAGCAAUAGAGAUUGUUAAUGACACAGACUCACAAUUCAAAGGCAAAAGAACAAUUGAUGCAAAUCUUGGAUAUGGCUACAAGACUAACAAUGGAUAUUCUUACUCGUACUUUGGUAAAUCAAACCAAAACAAAGGAAAAUUUGUCAUUUAUCCUUAUUCGCAAGAAGACCCUCCCGCUUAUAAUAGUCCAGAAAAUAAGUAUUCAUCUUCUACAAAUGGAAAAUAUUCUUCUUUUCAAUCUACCAGAACUAGUGUUGAAAUACAACCUUCACAAGCCUAUGAAUUAGUGCCAGUAAAGGAAGAGCAACAAUCUUAUGAAUAUAGGAAACCUGCUAUUGAAUUUAAAACUCCCUCAAGUGGUUACUCGGGUGAAAGAACAGCACAGACUUUAUACACAACUUACAACGGUCAGGAAUUAUCUGGCUUGAGCGGGCAAUUUCCAACGGUUAUGCCUAAUUACUUUGUGGACCCAACCCAACUUCUUCAAAAUCCUCAUUUCCAGAGUGCUGGGCUGACACAAGAUCAUCUUCGCUCACAGGGAUCAUACUUAAAUCAAAACCAAAGAAUAGUACCUGUUCUUGUACUCCGUGUGCCCAGUUCUUAUUUAAGAAAUCCUACUGCAGAAUUGUAUGCCAAUUUACCAACAAACUAUCCCUUAUCACAACAUUUGAAUACUGUCAAUCUACAAAGUUUAGUGAAUCAGUAUUUCAAGACCAAUGGGUAUUCAUUUGCGCCAAAUACUUAUCAGACCCCAGCAACAUCAUCAGAAUCUGGACCACAACAUUACUCGCAUCCCUACGUGAAGCCUACAUACACUGAAGCGGAUUACUCUGGUGUACAAUACUCUGCAGUGAAGCCUGUCAUGGCUAGGUAUCCAUCAACUUAUACUCAACAAAAAUAUUUGCUCACGCAACCUCAAUCAAUUUACCAGAACCCUACAAAACAACAACCUCAUUCAGUUUACCAAAAUCCCACACAGCAGCAAUAUAAAUAUCAAUAUCAGUACGUCCCACAAACAGAGGUAAAUAUGCAAAGUUAUUACAUUCAACCGCAGUAUCAACAAAGUUCACAAGAAGUUGCAGUACCUGAGAGUUAUCAAAAUCAGCAAUCAGUAGUCGAGCAACAAUCUAAUGUGGACGAUACUGUGUCAACUGCUGAGUACACACCGCAAUAUACAAGUGGUCAAGAAGAUAAAGAAACGGUGGAAUAUGAACCUCAAAAUGUUUCACAACCAACCGCACAGCCAGAUGUAUCUCAAUAUGUUUCUGCAGGCCCCGAUUCAGCAAAUUAUGUUGUAAAUAACGCAGAUAUUGACUAUACUAAGCAACAGGUAUCAGCAGAAUACCCGUCAGUGGCAAUUCCCUCCUACACUUCUUCGUCAGAUUACUACUCUAUAAUAUCUGGACAGAAGAAUGCGGUUUCAGUUUAUCCAUCUAAUUUAAUACACCAAGAACCCGCAGCCCCUGAAGGAUCCGCCCAAGGUUACUCGAACUCAAAUCAGAAUACUGAAGAUUCGGGAAAAUCGUUUGUAAUUUCAGAAAAUUAUCCUAGUAAAGACCACACUAUUGCUACCGUUUUACCUUACACAUAUAAGUCAUCCAGGAGGCCUACACAAACCAGUAUCCAAUCAGUGAGCUACGUCACUCCUAUGCCUACUGCUAAAUAUCAGGCACGGUAUAGGAUUAUGGUACCAAAGACCGUUCUUAGAGAUCCAAAUGCCGAGAACGUAUCUUAUGUUAAUUCUCAGUCAGUGCCUAUGCAUUACAUGCAAAUUGGCAACUACGGUGAUUCUAACGCUGAGUCUGAAUAUGCAGCGGGAAGUCAAUAUGUUCCUUCGGUUACCAGCAAACCGUCUUACACUCGGAAUUAUCAUCCAAAAAGAAUGGCCAGACCUGACAGCAAACCAGAAGCAUCAUCAGCAAGAGUUAGUGCAAAGAAAACAAAGGAAAGAGGUGAAAUAAAUAAAUCAUCGUAA